ACGAAUGUGAUCAAAGUAGAUUUGGAUAUGAAUUAUUUGUACGACAUCAUCUCAGUUGAAUCCGAGCAGAUAAAGGUGGAGAAAAAGCAACCAACAUACUUGAAUAACUCUAUGUUUAUUAACAAGGAGUUCUUAUUUAAUGUGGUGUUUGCAGCUGCUGAUGCGUUCAGAAAACAAAAUUUGCAACAAUACGCAAUUUCUUUGAACAACUUUGUUAUACCAUAUUGUUCCUCUAUUGGUGAUUUUAAAACACUUUCAAGAUGUUAUGUGUCUGUGAUGCAGUUGUAUCAAGAUAUUAAAAAUGUGAAUAAGUACGUCGGAUUUUUCUAUCGAGUCACUUUCUAUGGAAAUGCGUUCGAAGCACUCUUUAUCACUUUUGAAGAUGAAAAGAACAACACUUCCUCACGUACAAAUAACAACAUGAAUCCUCAAAACAACAACAAAAUGGGUGUUUUCAAGCGAGAGUACAUUUACAGGAUUACAAGACAUUUGUCAACUUUGACAAUUAUCAACUAA